AAAAAGUCAGUAUUCCAAAGAAUUCUUCCCAGCCGGUGGACAAAGGCUAAAAAACCGAUGUUGGAAAGUGUCAUAUUUGGCAAAAACUUCAAAAAGAAAUUGGCAGCAGACGGUAAAAGCUUUGUGAUAGAAGAGAAAUACUUGCAGCAUGCCUACCGUUUCCUUUCAACACUACGAUCCUGCUUGCUGCUUUCCUAUGAUGGACUGUACAGUUAUUUCAUCUCCGUAUCAGAAACGCUGCCUUCCUCAUGCAAGCUGGAGCUUGAAAAACUGGAUCUGAAAGUCCGGCUCAGUGAGUUAUCUGACAAAGUGACGGAAAUAGAAGACCCCAAUGAUCUGGCAGAAGCAAUAAAUAGCAGCCUAAUAUUGCUAUCAUCUCAACUUCUCAAUCUGUGGGGAAAAUUUCUUCAAUCCUCUUUGAAGAUUGAACAAGAGAAGAAGCAAAUAAAGGUAAGAAGCGCAUUGAAUAGGCUUUAAGGCAGGGGAAGCUUAGUGCUCAAUCUUCAGUGCGACUCCAUUUAUUGUUUUACACUGCCGUUAUCUCUCAAGG